CUUAAGAGGAAAAACCAAGAGCGCGGAUUUAAUUGGGGAAAAAUCAUCAUUGGAAGUGUCGUAAGAGUGCUGCUCCCAUCUUCUCACAUCGGAGGCCGAAUAUUCAUCUGAUACUCCAAACCAUUUAAAGGAGCUACAAAAUGGCAAGGCCUCCUAGUACCAUAGGGAGAUAUGUUCCAAUAGAGUCCGCUAGUAAUGAGGAAGCAUACAAGCGGGAGCAGUAUGCAAGACUUCGGGAAGACAUAGAAAGGAAACGGCGAAUGCACGCUGGUCCGCAACCAACUUUAAGAGUGGGCCCCCGACCUAUUCAAGUUCAAGGAGUAGAACUCUACGCCCGUGAGAAUGCCAAACUUCAUAACACUCACCUUUAUGAACUUCUGGAUUCGAAAGACUCUUCGCUCAUCGUUCGCAGAGGCCAGACUUUCUAUAUGGCGAUAAGGUUCAAGAAGAUCUUCAAUCCUCAACUCGACACAGUUAGAUUACACUUCGAAUUCGGUCCACCACCGUAUAUGAUGCAAAAAGGAAAUCUGAUAAGUCUUCCGAUCACUAGCGUAUCUCAGUUUACAAGGGAAAGGCAAAUGUGGGACGUUCGAACACAUCAGCAUGAAGGAGCUGUCAUAACUAUUGAUGUGCAAAUAGCCGGCAGUGCUGCAGUGGGAGUGUGGAAAAUGAAAAUCUUAUCCUAUGUAGGUGGUAACCUCAGCGCCGAACCUGAAGUUUAUGAGAUACCACAAAAUGUGUACAUCCUUUUUAAUCCGUGGAGCAAAGAGGAUACCGUAUAUUUGGAAAAAGAAGAUGCCAGAAGAGAAUACGUUCUGAAUGACGUCGGUAAGAUUUUCGUAGGAACACAGAAAGAACCUCGAGGAAGAAGAUGGAUUUAUGGUCAAUUUGCAGAUUCUGUGCUACCGGCGACUAUGCUGAUGUUAAAUCAUUCCGGUCUGGAUUCUACGGGUAGAGCUAGUCCCAUUCUUGUUUCCAGAGCUAUUUCAAAGCUGGUUAACAGCGAAAAUGACGAUAAAGGUAUCGUUGUAGGAAAUUGGUCUGGAAUGUAUGAUGAUGGCAUGGCCCCCUGGAUGUGGACUGGCAGUGCAGCCAUUAUGGAUGAAUAUUUUAAAAACGGAGGCGAACAGUCUGUGAAGUAUGGACAAUGUUGGGUGUUUGCUGGAGUUGCUACAACAGUGUGUCGGACAUUGGGAAUUCCUUGCCGAACAGUUACGAAUUUCGUAUCUGCUCAUGAUACGGAUCGUAGUUUGACAGUGGAUAAGUACUUCGAUGAGAAAGGAGAGAAAAUUGAGGGAGUCAGCAACGAUUCCAUAUGGAACUUCCAUGUUUGGAAUGAUUGCUGGAUGUCUAGACCAGAUUUGCCAGUAGGAUAUGGUGGAUGGCAAUCAAUUGAUUCGACUCCUCAAGAAACCAGCGGAAAUGUCUUCCAAAUGGGUCCAUCAUCUGUAGAGGCAGUUCGACGUGGACAAGUUGGAUUCGACUUCGAUUCCCCUUUUGUUUUCGCUGAAGUUAAUGCGGAUAUCAUCAAGUGGACCAGAGACGAAUCCAUAGAAGGCGGGUGGAGAAAAGCUGCUAGUGAUAAAUAUAAGAUCGGUCAAUUUAUGUUGACUAAGAAAAUCGGAGUAGAUGAUGAUGUGGGAGAUACAGAUGCUGAAAAUAUUGUAAGCGAGUACAAAGACCAAGAAGGCACAGUGGAGGAGAGAAUGGCUGUUCUAAAUGCUGCUAGAUACGGCGUUGCUCCUAGUGUCCGCUAUGCUGUAUACGACAUGCCACCACCCGAGAAAGAAGAUGUAUCAUUUGACUUGCUGGAAAUAGAUCAGAUUAUGAUCGGUCAACCAUUUUCCGUGACAGUAAAAGUACGAAAUAAGAAUACAUCCGAAAUGAGAACAGUUGGAGCAGUCUUGUCAGCCAGUACUGUCUACUACACUGGAGUUCUGGCAAGGAAGGUGACUCGACAAAGAGGGAACUUUACUCUUAAGCCCAACCAAGCUGAAGUACUUUCAAUUACUGUUUCUCCCGACGAAUACUUAGACAAACUGGUCGAUUAUUCGAUGAUGAAAAUCUAUGCCAUUGCCACCGUUCAGGAAACACAACAAACGUGGGCAGAGGAAGAUGAUUUCACCGUUCAGAAACCCAAACUGCGUUUGGAGUGUCCGGAUACGUUGAGAGUUGGCGUGGAAUUUCAACUUGGAAUUCGUUUGACGAAUCCUCUGAACCGCCAUCUUACAGACUGCCUAUUCACUUUAGAAGGUCCAGGACUAAGUGGACCAUACAGAGCCAAAUUUAGGGAUAUCUCCCCUUUGGAAUCCAUCGUUCAUUAUGAGCGCCUUGUUCCACAAAGACCAGGUAACCGUGUGAUUCUCGUGAACUUCAGCUCUAGACAGCUCAUCGAAGUCCUUGGUUCCAAGCAUGUGAAUGUUAUUAUGUGAAUAUGAAUGAGGGAAAAAAACCUAAAAUAUUACUUGCCAUAUUACAUUGACUUAACACUUUAAAAGUAGCAUUUGUGAAAACUAUAAAAAAUUCACUAAGUACACUACUUAAAAGUAUCUUGCGUGCGAAUGUUAUUUCGUAUGUAUGUCUUGCUCAUGUAUUUCUGGUUUACAGUUGUCAAAUUACUUUAGACAGCACUUUCAGAGUUUAUGUUCUCUUUGCUUUACCACUGAAGACGGAAAGACUUCCAUUCUGUCUAAAUUAAUCGAACUUGCUGCAUAUACAUAAACGUUGAUAAUCAUAUGAACGAAAAUUAAACUUGAGAUAAAUAAUUAUUAGAUGCUUAUGAUAUGAGUAUAUGCGUGUGUUUUAUAUAUUUUUACUCAAGUUUGAAAACUGCAGUAUUUUUGAAGAUGUUACAGAUAUCUGAAAUAUGCAGAUUUUUAUGAAUCGUUUUCAUGAUUUUGAAAAAUUUAUUAAAUGGAUAUAAAGUUCAAAAUUAUAAAAAAAAUCUCAGGCUAUAUACGUCUAUGUAUCGCUUGCUUAACUAAACGACAAUUCAUAGUUUUAUGUAGAUAUUAAAAAAGACUUAUAAAAAUAGUUUUUAAUAUUAAUACUUACAAAUUUUAAUCAAAUUCAUAAUGAAUUGUUAUUACACAUUUUUAAGCGUUGGGGAAAGAUAUACUAAUUUUAUUAAAUAAAUGUAAUCUAAUAGUUAUUAUGCUCGUUUUUAUUCCGUAUAAAUAAACAAUGGUAAAAAAUGUAUCGAAAUUUCUGAUAUUUUUUGCAAUUUAUUCAAAUGUAAACGAGCUGAAAUUCUGCACCAGCAAACAGACAGUGACCUUAUAUUUGUGAAACGAUUAUUUCAGUAUUUCGCAUCAUAUUUUAAAGAGCAAGAACUCAUAUGUUGAACACUUCUAAUUCAAAAGUGAUAUUAUAUAUAAUAUUGUAAUAUUAUAUAUAAUAUCACUAUAUUAAUUUAAUAUAAUAUAUAUUUAUAUA